AAGCGGCCCUUUUAUUAUGCAAUUGUAGCACUGGUAGGAAGAGGGCUGGCACAUGAGAGAUGCUGCAGCCUUGCUGCAUCCUCCUGAUGGUAGAGCCGGGGUCUUCUGCCCUGCUGCCGCGAUAUCCCAGCAUGGCUUUCUGGCCUCCACACAUCCCUCUGUUUACACAACUGGGAGCAGCAUCCUUUGUUACCGGUCUCUGCGCCCUUGGUCUGCUGUUGCUUCAUGUGUGUUCUUACACAGACAUAGUUUCAUUCUUAUUUUAUUCCUGUCAACCUUAAUAUUCCUCGUACGAGCCUCUGUGAUAAGUUGAUUGCAAGGCUUGGGUCGGCUGCAGCAUUGAAGGUGAACAAAGCCGUCAGACUCCCACCUUCCAGAAAGAGGAGGGGUGAAAAAAGAAAGAAGGACCAAAAACGCCUGGCAAAGCCUGCAGUCAUUGGCUGCCCUGGGUGCGCCCUCUUUUGUAUAAGGCAAGCGAUGCAGCUGUCGCCCGCACAGGCUCCCGAUCCCCGCUCCAUAAAGAAGUCGAAAUGGGCAGGAGGUCACCCGUUGCCCUCUUCGUGGCCCUGUGGGCCAGCCAGCUGGGCGUGUGGGCAGCGGGGCGCUCCAAGGUGAACCCCAGGAUCAUCACGGCUCCGCAAGGUGUGAAAGAGUAUGUGUUUCCCAGGAGCGAGAAGUACCCGGUCUUCUAUCAUAAAGAGAACAGCUCGGCUAUCUACGUCGGGGGAGAGGGAAAGCUUUAUUACUAUGACUUCGCAACCUAUGAGAACUACACGGAAGACUUCCCGGUGAAAAGUGAAGGACAGUGCAUGACGCCUGGGAGUUUGGAGGACAACAAAAAUUACCUCACGUUAGUGGAGAAGUACGGAGACGGGAUGUUAGUGUGCGGGACCGGUGCCUGUGCUCCCACCUGCUGGAACUUGACGCAGAGGAAGGAGAGCACUUCGUGGGACGGGAGAGGCAUUGCUCCUUUCACCCCUGACUCGAAUGCCCUCGUCGUCGUUGACGGUCAUGACAUCUACUCCACCAUCAAGAAGAGCCAGCAGAAUGGCAAGAUACCCCGUUUCCGACGAGUGAGAGGUGGUGGAGAGCUCUACACAAGCGACACGGUGAUGCAGAACCCUCAGUUUGUCAAAGCCACCACAUUAAGGCAUGAAGAGCCUCACCAGGACAAGAUUUACUACUUCUUUCGUGAAGACAACCCAGACAAGAGUCCCGAGGCCCCCAGAAACAUCUCCCGAGUGGCCCAGCUGUGUAAGGAAGAUAAAGGGGGAACCGGUUCACUCUCUGCUUCCAAGUGGACCACCUUCCUGAAGGCCAGCUUGAUUUGUGUCGACCCGGUCACCAAGGGCAACUUCAACUGGUUGCAAGAUGUCUUCUUUGUCCCUGCGAGUAACUGGCGGCACUCCAAAGUCUACGGGCUCUUCACAAACACCUGGGGAAGCUCUGCCGUUUGCGUCUAUUCCUUUGGAGACAUUGACAAUGUGUUUCGGACAUCCAAACUCAAAGGCUAUAAUGGUCCCAACCCAGAGAUCAAGCCUGGGCAGUGCGUUUCCUCCGGACAGCACACCCCGAGUGAGACCUUCAAGAUAGCUGACAGCCACCCGGAGGUGGAGGAUCGGGUGGAGCCCCUCUCCCCCACCAAGAGCCCCUUAUUCCACAACAAGCACCGCUACCAGAAGAUCGGCGUGCAUGAGGUCUCUGUGGGUGACGGGCGCCACUACAACGUGCUUUAUCUGGCAACAGACAAGGGAUCCAUCCACAAGAUCGUGGAGCUGCCGGAUGGGGUGCAGAACAUCAUGGAGCUCCAGGUCUUCCCAAAGAAGGACCCCAUCCAGUCCAUGAUCGUGGACCACAAGAGGGCCGUGCUGUACGUUGGCUCAACAGACAAGGUCAUGGAGAUACCCAUGGACAUGUGCAGGCUGUAUCGCAACAACUGUGACAGCUGCUUGCUGGCAAGGGACCCAUACUGUGGGUGGUUCAACGGGAGUUGUCAGUCAGUUUAUCUAAACCGGGAGGUACAUCAGAACCUGAACCUGGACCCGUGGCGAGGAAGGUGCCAGAAGGGGGACAUUAAGGAAGUAGAUGACUAUCAGAACAUCACAGUUGUCCCUUUCUCCCGCUACUACCUCAACUGUCCCAUCGAGUCCCACUACGCCACCUACAACUGGUACCACAACAACAGCCUCAUCAAGACCUGCAACACCACCCACCCGCAGCAGGACUGCUUGCACUUCAUCCAGAACGUGAGCCACAUUCACUACGGCCACUACGUUUGCAUCUCAGAGGAGGAUGGCUUCAAGCAAGCUCUGGUGAAGGAGCGCCUGGUCAAUCAGCUCAGGUUCAUGUCCCAGAAGGGCCAGGCCACCAUGACGUUUGGCUCUUGGCUGCAGCUGCUCCUGAUGGUGGUGUUGGUGGAGCUCUUCCACUGAACACGACAAGACUGUGUUCCCACCAUCCUGGCUGCUGCAACUCUUCCUGCACUUGCUCCUGAGGCGAGACCCCUGUUCUCUUAAUCGCUCCUUGGACAUUAAUCUUUGACUGUCCCACAAGGGAUCCUGGGCGGCGGCCCCUUUGUCUUUGGCCUUGGUGGAAGAGUCAUGGCGAGGAAGAUGCCACAGCAGGGCCAGAUGGAGCAGGGUCUGGGGACAGGGAGGAAGGAGGUGGUUUGCUGUACCCAGCAGCGUGUCACCUUCUCUCUGAGCCUGCGCUGGUAGCUCUGUACUGGUUGUCAUCCUCAGCCUCCCCUGGGUGGGGACAUUCAGGGGACUUCUGCUGACGUGCAUGCACUGAUCCUCAGGGCACGGUGGCUCCUCUCUUUGGGAACGUGCAUGUGAUGAAGAGGAGCAGCCAGCCCUUGGCCUUUCUAACUGGUUGAUCUGUGCUUCGCUCCAAGCGGGGACCGAUGCCUCCCAAGUAUUUUAGUGGCUAGUGUCUGUCUGGGUUGGCAAGCAGCUGGAACACUCCCGGUGUCACAUGUGAGUCCCCUUCAGGUCAGGAGAACUGGGCUCUGGAAGGGUUUUAGCGUUUGGUUUAUUUAUUAUUUUAUUUUUACAGCUGGCUUUGACGUGGGAGGGAGAUUGGGAACGAGCGCUGGAAAACCUGCAAGGCAAGGGCAGGUAAAAAGGUAGCGUUUUGCAUGGAAAAGCCUCGGAAGGUGACUAGAUUUGGGGUGUGGGGAAGGACAGACCGAAGGGGACAAGGAGAGAAAGUGGAAGCAGAGCUCAAACCCAACCCAGGAGGCCCCCUAGAAGGAAGUUUUUAAAUGCACAAAUCCUCUGCAGGCAGCUAAGGGCAUUUAUUUGUGGGGAGCAGGCAGCUCCUGCUUCCCAGCACCUCUCCUCCGGGAGAGGGACCGGGCUUCCUCAGGGAAAGAGGCUGCCAAUCUCAGGGUGAUGCCCGCGGGCUCGGGGCGGGGGGUGCUGCGGCUGUCACCCCACCGCGCGGAGCAGAUCUGCCCCUCUCCCUCGCAGUGAGGGGACAGGGGAGGACCAGGGUUUGCUUCCCUUGGGCUUUGAGGUCCCUGCGCAAGACUAAACUGUGAAAAAAACCGGGAUGCUCUCCCUGCGCUUGUGUGCCAGGAGCGAUUCCGCACCUUCUCCAAACCUUCCCCAGCCCUCUUGACAGCCGGAACGCUUCAGCCUCGGGCUGUGGAACGCGGCGGGCGUUGUUAUUUCAUGCUUCCAAUACCCUGGCGCAGCUCCCGCUUGGUGCCCGCUCGGAGACGCUCGGGAGUGCCCGAGCGGUCCUUUUCGGCAAGGGGGAGAGGUGCCACGUGCCUCUUGUGACCACAGACUAGGGACAACAGGCCAGAGCUUCCUACUGCACUACAUUUCCAAGAACAUCCCCCCCCUCCAAAUCUAGGAUAGAGCUUCUUACAUCCCUUCUUCGAAGCACUUUAACUUUGUGAACUAACAAAUACCUAUUUAUUAUUGACUGGCGAUUACUGUACUUGUAUAAUUUUAUAAUAUUAUAGAAAGUGGGUUCAAAUUAGAGAAGAGAGAAAACAACAGCUACCAAAAAAAAAAAAAAACCAACCCCCAAACCUUUCAGAGGUUGUGACCAAAGUGAGAAUGUGGAAUAAAGAAUGGAAAAAGAGCAGGCGAGUGCUGUGUUUCUCACCAGGAGCUGAGGGAUGCCGCUGCCACACUGGCUGGGGUCUCGUCUGUCCCUUGUCACCCGUGACCGUGGGCUCCCCUCACCCUCUUCCACGUCCUC